CCUGACUAAGUUACGUCAGAUGUACAGCAUACACCCAGUGUUGAUGACUGAGUCAAUUUUGCACUGUAUUCAGAAUGUAAUUUACGUAGAUUUCCUGUCGCAGGCUCCCUAAAUUGAUCAGUCUGCUCCGCCCCGUUCCGUUUUGUGAAGCUAAUGGUAGCGUUGCGCUGAACCUGAAGAGAAGAAUGGAGGGCCUUCACUCUCCCUGCCAUGGUCAUCCCGAGGCACAGAACUUGGAGGCUGAAGAGUUAGAUGAGGUGGCUGCUUUAAAGAAUGAGCUAGCUGCUGCCCAGGCUGAGUUGGAAAACAUCAAGGCCAUUGCAGUGGUCAGCGAAAAUACAAAAGAGGAGGCGAUUGACUUUGUUAAUAGGAAGUGCCAGGAGGAGGUUGCAUCGCUGCAAGUCAUUAUGAAAGACUCAAUCCAGAACUACUCGUCACAGCUGACAAAAGCAGAGAAGGAGAACAUGGAGUUGCGUAACUUGGUGGAGCUGAAGGAGAGAGAGAAUUCACAACUAAAAAUGCUACUGACAAAGUCAGGUUCCACAGACAAUCUGGAAGCAGAGAUGAAAAAAGCUGAGGAGGAUGCCAAUAAACUUCGCUCAAUUGUUGUACCAAUGGAAGAAGAGAUUGCUGUCUUGAAGGACAAGUUGAAAAAGGCCCACAAGCUGCUAGAACAGUUCCGGACAACCGAGGCUUGUAGUGAGAGUUUUCACAGUUCUACUGAGUCAGUAGAGUUGGAAUUCUCUUCCAAUUUUACAGCUGAACAGUCAGAAGGAAGUUUACUGUCAUCAUCUCAGCAAAGAAAGAAUUGUGAAUCCAGCAGCAGACAGUCCCCACCAAGUGAUGUUGCCAGUGUAAACUCUACUGACACUUCUGUCACUACAGAUGAACAUGAUUUUGGAGCCGACUUCUUUGCCAAAAAUUCAGAUACUGUCUCCAUCAAAUCAUUUACCACAGGAAGUCCUUACCUGCCGAAGAAACUGACUGCAGACCAGGAGGAGACUGCAUCUCUUGUAUCUACUGGUACCUUAGUUCCAGAGUGCAUAUAUAUCCCUCCUGCAGGGUACCAGCUAGUUAGAGACAAUGACUGGAAUAACCUCCAGCAGGAGCUGAAACAUCACCAGUCAUCCACUGUACAGCUCCAGGAGCAGCUUGAAGUUGUAACUAAGGAGAAGGAGAAGCUGGAGGAUGAACUGAGACGGAGCAGUGAUGAGUGUGCUAAACAGGUCGAUAUUUUACUGAGCCAGAUUGAACGCUCUGAAAAUCUUCUUCAAGAACUUCAAACAACAUUUUCUCAGACACAGCAAAAAACCCAGCAGCAACUUGCAGAACUUGCAUCUUUACAUAAGCGGUUGAGUUAUGAUGUACAACGCCUGACAAGUGAGAAUGAAGGCCUGAAGGGGCAACAAAAUCUGCAGCUAACAUUACAGGAAACGGAGGAAUUCAAACUUCCCACAUCUGUACCGGAACUACAGAAACUGGUACAGCAGUAUCGCAAAGACCUUCUUUCCAUACGAGCCACUUCUGAACACCAGGAAGAAAGGCUGCGGAUUGAGAUAGUCAACCUUCAGGAACAGCUGCAAUCUGAACAGUGUGCCAAACAGAAUAUAGAGGACAUGAUGAAUCUGAACAUGGACAAUUACAAGGAAGAACUAGAAGUUCUGGAUGCUCGACUUUCAACACUCAAGACAGAAACUGACAGGAUUCAGCAGGAAAGAAAGAGGCACACUUACGAUAAUAUUUUAAGAAUACUGUCCCUUAUCGACAUUGUAAAUAGGGACAGUCGAGAAGCUCUUCUAAUAGCUCUCGAUAUUGAAAAAGUUGAUACGCUGAAAUGGGAUUAUCUCUUCAAAGCUUUUGAUUUUCCAUCUCAUUUCAUUACUUUGAUAAAAAAUCUAUAUAAAAAUAAUCUUGUGUAUGAUGAGCUGAAACUUGAAGAAGCAUUGAAGGAGCUGGAAGAGGCCAGGUCUGCCCUUGCUGAUCAUGAAAAACUCAUAAAGGAGGAGAAAGAUGUGAAGAGAAAUUUGGAAGUUCAGCUGAGUGAAGAAAGGAGCAGAAUUCACAGGCUGCAGGAAGAACUGAACACUAGUGAGCAGGUGCAGCGGGAAUUUGUUCAGCUUUCUCAGACGCUUCAGGUUCGUUUAGAGAAGAUCAGACAAGCAGAUUCCCUUGAAGUUGUUCAGAAUAUUAUGGAUGAGGCCAAAGUGCGUAAUGUCACUGAACUCAAGGACACCUGAGGGUUAUCGAGCAGUAGAGAAGAGACAACAAAAGAAUGUUUUGCCGUGCCCUUUUAGCUAAGCACACUGAAAUGAAUUUUAUUUUUCUAAGCAUAAAUAACCAGGAAUUUUCUACAACAUUUUUGCUAGUGAAGUUUUUACCUAAAUCUCAGGUAGAAGAGUGGCACUAUAUCAUUGUUAAGAAAAAGCCACAUUUCCAUAAUUGUGACAACAGGCUGCUGAGGUGUGUCACAUGUUUAGCAGCGGAAUUUAGCGGACAGACAAGGCCGUUCACUGUGGUAACAGUAAGGAAUAUUGAAAGUUUGCUGUGGAAUUUUCUGCGCUGAAGAACUUUCACUUACAACAUAACUGAACAGUACAGUUGCAUUUGUUCUGCAAAAUGCAGAGUGCAGCAGCCUCCUUCUAUAUGAAUUACAACACCUUGCAGACUGAAGAACUUGCCUUUUGAUGAGAUAGCAAGCACAUAUCCUUUCUGUUUGUUCAGUUGGAUGUUUACAAUCCUGUGACAAAAUCUGUCUUAGUCCAGUUUUUCAGAUUUGCUAGAACCAUCCCAUUUCCUGUGUUACUUUCAUUUGCUUCCUGUUGCAACAGAUUUGACAGCUUGUACACUUAAUCAUUCAGUGUCAUACAGAGUAAGCAGUAACCUGCAUAUUAUCACUGUUCUAGCUAAACUGUCUUGCGUUAGGAGUGAUGCAGCUCUUUAUACCCCUUGAAGCCUUCUGUCUCUCUCUCUCCACCACAAAUUUCAAAAAAUACCUUCUCUUAUGUAGUAGAAUCUUACCUAGAGAUGGCCUCUCCUCACCAUUUAGAAGGAGCAUCAGUCUUUUUCUGACAUGAAGUCUGUGGUUGUUAUGUACCCUGGCAUUAUGUAGGAAUAUAAGAAUAAUACUUGCCAAGCAGUCACAGGUAUCAUAAGAUGGUUAGCCAUGCUACCCAUGCAGGCAGGCAUCCACAGGUAUCACAAGAUGGCUGGCUAGCCAUGCUACCCAUAUAGGCAGGCAAUCACAGGUAUCAUAGGAUGGCUAGCCAUGCUACCCAUGUAGGCAGGCAGUCACAGGUAUCAUAAGAUGGUUAGCCAUGCUAUCCAUGUAAGCAGGCAGUCACAGGUAUCAUAAGAUGGCUAGCCAUGUGCUUCCCAGAUAGGCAGACAGUCACAGGUAUCCUAAGAUGGCUAACCGUGAUACCCAUAUAGCUUCUUUAUUUCAUGUUGGGUAGCAAAUCCCCUUAUAUUACUUCUGAAUUGCGCCAUUUAUUCCACAGUGCACACUGUAAUUUGUACCCCAGAUUUUCCACCUCGGUCUCCACUGUCGCAGAUAACAUAGAUGCUGAACCAACACAGUACCAUAAGGUACACACAUCAUCUGUCAUAAAGCACAGUGGAUAAUCUGCCAGUUUUAUCUCCUUUGAUUAAUUUAUGAUGAAGAAAGUGGAGGCCCUCUAAUUAUGAACUGUUUAAUGCAAAAUUUUCAGCAAAUCUCUCUACAUGUGAAAUGACUUGCAGCACUCCCUUGUCAUGAUUUUAUUCGUAGUAUUGUAAUGAGUGCAGCUCAUUUUUCUCACUUUACCACUCUAGGCAGAAACCCAUAGACUGGAGUCAUGCUGACAGACACUUUCUUCUUUCUGUGAUUUAUAGGAAGGUGAAGCAGCAAUCUUGUUUUAAGAGUUGUUUUGAGUGUUACUAUUUUGCAAGCUGCUGAUCUUCAAAACUUCUGAAGAUGAAUGUGAGGUAACUGUUGUUGACACUGGAUUUUUGCUGCUGCUAGAUUUCCUGCAGAGAGUAAAUGGUUUACCUUUUCCCUGCUCUUGAGAUAUGUACUGUAAUGGAAAUUGAAGACCAUUUAUUAUUGUUGUCUGAGACAGCCUGUUAGUUAAUGAUACAGUCAAGAAUAUUGUACUUUUAUAUACUUAUUUUCACAUUGCUGUAUUUAUAUGUGAGAUAUAUAUAAUGUGGUUUGCGGUGUGUAACAAACUAAGGCAGGUUAUUUGCCACAGUAUGCUGCUGAUUGAGGGAUAGUGAUUCUGCAAGAUCCCAUACAUACUGUGAAUACUGUCUCUGUCUUCCAUACAUUUUCCUGUUUUAUCUUAAUUGAUAUCUGUAUGGUGAAGACUGCAGAGCUGGAAAUAAUGUGGUCAUAUUUUACAGCACUGACCCAAGUAAGCUUGAAUGCAGCUGGCAAUUCUUCCUCAGUCUUGCAAUUUUUAUUUAUUUUUAGUUGUCUAAAGACAAAACUGAUACUGUGCAGUCCUUUUCUUAACUUUUUUUUUUUAUUUAUUUUCAAAAUUAAUGAGGUUGUAGACAGCUGUGUGUUAGCCUGUCUUGAAUAACCGAUAUACUGAAUAACAGAUAACUGUGACAGAGGCAAAUGUUAAUACUGAAUUUUAUAUCUGGAGUUCUGGUUAGUUCAUUUUACAGUAACACUUCAGUUUACAGUAACACUUCAUCUGGAUGUGUUCUGAUUGUGAACACACUAAAAUAGACGCUGUAUUUUGAGCAAGGUUUUCAAAAGGAUUUGCUGGUGGUCAGGUUACGUAAACCUCUGCAUUAUGUUGUAUUAUUUCUUUUGUUGACUUUUUCUCUGUUUUUGCCAUUAACUGAGACUCGAAUUAUUUUGCUUGUAAUUGAAGCUGUUGGGGUAUGCGAAAAUGAAUGUCAGAAGUUCGACACAGAACGAAAAGAGGCAUUCCGUUUUACUGUAUCUUUGUGUUAAGCAUCUGUUAUUUGUUUUUUCUAAUACUGUUAGGAGUUUAAACUUUUGGAGAAGCUUUUUGAGAAGGUAGGGUUAAUGGUUCAAUAAUAUUUUCAAUAGUAUUACUGAAGGAUUUUUAUCUGUUAGUGCCAGCAGUGUAGUGGUUAGCUAGAAAAAUUGUUAAUUAUAACACCGGGGCCUUUAAAAUUGUGAGUGUUGAGGUCUGAGAUGGUCUUGUAGUGUCUAGUUAUUUUCCAUGUUACUGAAGAGCACAUGAAUUUGCUUUGCAGUUAAUAGGUGAGGAUGGGAUGUCACUAUUGUACUAUCUGUGAUUUUCUUUUCUGUCAGUCUUGUUCGCUGUUGGAUGCUAACUGCUCAAACUUAUGGCGAUGUGUAAUACAGUUAGCAUUACAGAACCAAUGUAUUUCAUUGGCGGAAAUUUCAUUCCGUAUGUACUAUUAAACAAAAUAUGCAGAGCUGUUAUGAUUCCCUGCAGUAAUGAGAACUGCAUCAUGCAAUGAAACAGCCUUUUCCCCCUCCAGAACAACAAGGCAUAAAGGUAAUGCAACUUUAAUGAUGUGUAACGGCAGUUCCUUGGCCGAAUUACUUUUAAUAAUCAUCACAUUUUCUGCAAAGCAGCUCCAAAACUGUACCGUCAUUGCAUCAUCAGUUAGAGUGUAGUAAUGUUUUACCAUGGGGCAGAUAGCAGUAUGGUGUAUCAGCGGUAAGAGUAUGGUAAUGGGAACAUUGCAAAAAUCAGUGGGUACUGUAAGCUUUAACAAUGAAGACUGUUUUUCUCCUGAAGUGAUAUUAGAAAAUAAAUUCUCAGUGAAAGUUAAGUAGUAUCCACUCAUGCUUCUGCAUUAUGCAUAUUCCAUUUGUACAAAAUAUGAGCAGUACUUUGUUUUAUAUAGCCAUUCUUAUUGUAGGUACUGCCAAUCACAACUGUUUUAUCUGACUGAAAGCAUAAGAGUGCAGAGGAAUGCGAGUAUAUUCUACCAGGUUCUAAUUUGCAUCACUGUAAUAGUUAUUUUGGAGGGGGGGGUUAGCACAAACAACUUCCUCAGAUACCAGUGAUGGUGUAAUAGUUCUGAGAAUGGUCUGAUUUUCACUGUUGUGUAGCUAUUAACAUCCCCACAUUGUUCAUAGGUGUGUACUAGGCUAAUGGCGUUGGAGCCUUUACAAGCCUAGCCAAAAAAUAGUAGACUAGUGUCAUAUGAUAGCUAGCUGUAUCCAGAGACUUUAUAGAGUUAUGAUUUGAUGCGUGUGUGUAUGCGCAUGACAGUAGGACUGGGUUAUCCCUUUCUGAUUGAUGAGAAUGUUUAUAUAGAAAACUGACACCUGAAUCCGUUAUCUGGCUGACUAAUAGUGUAAGAGAUACUAAUGGUCAAAUAAAAAAAUGAAAACAGGA